AUGCAAAAAAAAAAAUACAGAAUUUUAACGAAAUAUAACCAAACAGCAACAGAAAAAUAUGAGCUUGCAACAAAAAAAAUACAUUUGUGGGAAAAAUAUUGCUUCAAUAAGGAUGAUUCCAGCCAAGAGUCUCGGCGUCAAAAGAUACAAGUAAUAGAGACUAUUGAAUCCAACAAGCCCGAUGAACCGGAGGUUACUUCCUACGAAGUGACUGGGUGUGCAAAGUAUAAGAAUGUUAUUGGAAUACAAUCAUUCGAGAUAGGGGAGCUUGGCAAGGUGGAAGUUCUAUGUGACUCCGGGUCGACUGUGAUCCAGAGAAGAAUUAACGGAACGACGAAUUUCAACGCCAACUGGACGGACUAUCAGAAGGGCUUCGGAGAUUUGAAGGGCGAAUUCUUCAUCGGUUUGGAGACUCUGCACAAUCUAACCGCCUCCAGCCAGUAUGAGUUAGAAAUCGAACUGGAGGAUUACGCUGGCGAGAAGAGAAAUGCCAUUUACGAUCACUUUGUAGUGGGGCCCAAGGAAUCGUUUUAUGCUCUCGAAAAUUUAGGAAAGUACUCUGGGGAGGCGGGCGAUGCCUUGUCCUACCAUCUAUAUUCUUCAUUCUACACAUUCGAUCGGGAUAACGAGGAUAAGUGUGCUGAGAACCAGCUUGCUGGCUGGUGGUACAGCAAGCUGUGCGGUUACAGCAAUCUGAAUGGCUUAUACACGGGUAACAACGACGGAAUUAUGUGGGGUGACGAAUGGCACGAGCUUCCGUACUCAUACAAGUCCGUUAAAAUGAUUAUACGACCGAAGAAUUGAUAAGAGUAUACUGGUUGAUUCUUGAUGCUGCGGUCUAUUUAUAGAAGUCGCAAGAUUUUGUGUUUUUUGAUACCACUCCUACAGUCAAGAAAA